AUGAUAGUUCUCCAGCUCGGCUCGGGCGAGGAUGCAACGAACGAACGACACAUCUUAGAGUUACAGAGACGGCAUGCGGAGAAGAAGAGGGCUCUGGCCCACCAACGCAUCCAGGAGGCUCAGAGGAGUGCUGCCGCUGCCCAUCAUGCUGCAGAGGAGGAGGAGGAGGAGGAGGAGAAGGCCCUGGGUUCAGAUCCCAGAUCAUCAGCAUUCAUGAAGCUCGGAUCGGAGGGUGGAUCGGAACCCAAGGACCCCUCGAUGUUGAAAGAGCCAGAUUAUCCAAGGGUGGCACCAAGCCAUGCUGUCCUGCAGCAGCUCGCAGCCCUCCAUCAGCACCUACGCGCCGAAGAAUCCGCCCUUGCCGAUGACAACAGCCCCGCAUCGGGCCAUGACCUGUCUGAUGCAUCACUCCAUCAGGGCCAGGACCAACCCCGUCACCACCGGCACCAUCCAUUGGGAAGGGGCGAGGAACACGCACCUCGCCAGGAUAGCCCCUCCCAGCAUGCAAGCUUGAGGGAGCGGAUGGAGUCCUUGAGGGAAGCCGCAGCGGAAGGUGGUAUGUCGGAGCUGUGUGCCCCGCCUUACCCUGGUGUCCUGGCUGCUCAUCUGGAAGGCAAGAUGACGAAUGCAAGGAUGGCGACGGGUAAGACCGUGAAGCAGUUGAUAGAGGAGCAGGAGUUCAUGAGGAACCUCAUGGAGUUGGGAGACCGUCCAGAAGCCAAGAGGUUCUCCAAGUAUGACUACUUCAUCCAGAAACUUGAAGCAGGUGAAAGUAUAUCCAAAGAUGUACCAAACCUGCGGGUGUCCAAGUACGACAGCUACAUCCGCAAGUUAAAGGCAGGCCAGUCAAUCAACAAGAUCAUCGGCCGCAAAGUUAGUGCUUCCCAGCGCAUCAGGGACAUCAUCAGCCAACAGAUCCAGCUGAAGCAGGGAGGCAGCGGUGGCCAUGAUGGUGAACCUGGCUCCAAGGAAGAGGCAGAAGCGGAAGCCAUAGAAGCUGCCAUCCUGGAAAACGAGGGCUUGGCACAGAGGGAGUUUGCAGCAGCUGCUGCUGCUGCCGCGGCGGCCGCAGCUUCUGGUUCAGAUCCCCAACUACAUCUCGAUCCGCAACGUAGUUCCAAUUACGAGUACUUCAUGUCCAAGUUCAACAAAGGGGAGGGUGUACCUCGGUACACUCUAGACGGAGUCACGUCGACAUCCUCCAACUCCAGCACAUCGGCCAUCAGUCCGCCUCCUGGUAUGGACGACUCAACCGUUGACGACUCUAUGAUGGAGAGGCGUGACGACUUUGCUGGGAUGGACGAGUACAACCCCUCGUAUGAACCAAGAGACAACAUCCUCAAGAAGUGUCUCCUCGAGACGGGGAGGAGUGACCUGGAUUCGGAAGAGGGCAGUGAGAAGGGCAUCAAGUCCGGAACUCUGUCGACAUCGUCUAGCCCUGGACUGGAAGGCAGUGCUUUCAAUCGAUACAUAGCCAGGUAUGACAUAGCCAGGUUUGGUGCUUCCCAGGACUGCGGGCGCUGUUCAUACCAAUUCAAGGAACACUACCAUUGUCUGGAUAAAGACUGCAAGUUUGCUAGGUUCACCCGCAAGGAAGAUGUUAUACGCCACUACAACUGGCACAAACGACGAGACAACUCGCUCCAGCACGGCUUCAUGCGCUUCAGCCCCUCCGACGACUGCCGGCCGUACUACCCCGGCUGUACCCUUAACAUGAAGAACACUCACUACCAUUGUAUGCAGAGCGGCUGCCACAAGGUGUACACCAGCACCUCCGACGUCCUCACCCACGAGAACUUCCACAAGAAGAACUUCACGCUACUCAGCGAUGGCUUCCAGCGGUUCCGUGCCACCGAGGACUGCGGGACACCGAUGUGCAGCUUCUACGGGCAGAAGACCACCCACUUCCAUUGCCGACGCCCCGGAUGCGACUUCGUCUUCAAGAACAAGUGCGAUAUCGAGAAGCACAAGACGUUUCACAUGAAGGACGAUAUCUACAGGAAGGACGGCUUCAGGAAGUUCUCGAAGCAUGAGUCAUGCAAGUUUGAAGGUUGUCGCUACUCCAAUACUCUCAACCAUUUCCACUGCAUACGCAAUGGCUGCAACUUCACCUUCACAGCGGCCAAUCAGAUGCACUCUCACAAGCGCAAACACGAGCGGCGCCAUCGCAUGAUGGAGUACGAGACAGGCCGUCACUUCAUGCGCUCCAUCCGUCCAAAGAUGAAGCUGCCUCUCCCUCGCAUCAACCCAACCUAUCGAAGCCUCCACAGCAACAGCGCUCCGAUGGGAAUGGGAGAUAAGCCCCUCAUCAUGCCUCCUUGUCCUGCAAUCAUCUUCAAGUCCGACCCUGGUGCUGCGUCGAUAGCUGAGCGUGCGGCCCUCGCUGGUCAGUCCGCUGCUCUAGGAGCCAGCCAGACAUCGCCUCUCGCAGGACAGAUGAUGGCUUUACCCAGUCACUCAGCAUCUCGCCCUGACGUCCAGGCUGUCCAGCCGUCCGUCAUCACCUCAGCACCAUCAUCAUCAGGUACCUCUACUUCCUCCUUGGAGGCCACAUCAUCCAGCCACAGUGAAUUCGACCCUGCAAGAUCACAUCCUCAAGACAUGCGCAGGGCCACACCCGAUCCUGUCUCUGCAACCUCGGUCAUCACCACUACAACUGCUGCUGCUGCUGCUACUACGACCUCGGCAGAGGGUCACCUUUCUUCGGAAGAGAGUGCAGACGAGAGGCCCAUGGAUCUGCAGAUGUAUCAAAGGUACCGCUACCAAGCCCAGGAAGCAGAUCUGGAAUCAAAUGAUGAGGACAGACCUACAGAUCUUAGCAUGCCUGAUAGAUCACAGGUUGAGAGAAUGGAGGAUGAAGAAGAGGAAGAAGACAAGCUACCCUCGGGCUUUGCCAAAAUAGCCACGAUGGACAACAACAAGGACAAGGAGGGCGAGGACCUCAACGACUCCCUGAACCUGCCCAUCGCUUCCUUCAUCUCACCCCCCUGUCAGGUGACUACGGGGGAGGAAGGGGGCGAGAGAGAGGAGAGGGAGGGGGAGUCCCGGAGCAGCCCGGUCACCGUAAAGAAGGAGCCCAGGGAUGGAGAGAUGAGGAGUGACACUGAGGCUUGGCAGAAAUACUUCAGAAGGUACACUGCCAAUGAUCAUUGCCACUCAUCCUGUGAACUCCUGUACAAAGGCCAUUAUCACUGUAUAGUGGACGGAUGUGGAGAAUACUUCAGGUCUAAGGAAGGCGUCAACAAGCAUACAAGGUAUCAUCUAAUGAGUGACGAGGCAGCAGAGCUCGGCUUUCAUUACUACCAGCAUGGUCAGACGUGUGAGAAUACCUUCAAGGGUUGUCCAUUCAGUCCACUAGCACACUACCACUGUAUGUGGAGCUUGAAACCCGGAAGCUACUGCGGUGAGGUCGUACAUACCGGUAGCAGCCUGAUGAAGCCCCAUUAUGAGAGACAUCAUCAGAACCCAGAGCUUGAAGUCAUCAGACACACUGAGGCUGAGAAACCUCCAGGGUUCGUCGGAGCACCCAUCGAACAGGCACAACCCAAGGUGGUCCUCAAGGAUCAAACGAUGAAAUGGUUCACCUCACCACCGCCUGCACAGCCAAACGACAGGGGUUACUGCAAGAUGGAACCUGGGAAAUGCACCAAGCAGGAAUGUCCUCUGGUGGGUCAGAAGCACUACCACUGUACCCGGACGGAAUGCAACUUUGCCACAGAGAGCCACGACAUGCUGCACGACCACAAGAGCAAUGAGAAACUCAUCUUUGACAGCUUCCGGCAGUUCAGCCGCAAGUUGGACUGCCGUCGUCCUGGAUGCAAGUACAACCUCCUGCACAAACACUAUCAUUGCAUGCACCAGGGAUGCCAGUUCUCCUUCUUGCAGAUUCAACAGAUGGAGUCUCAUGGCCGCAAGCAUAUGCGUCGCAUCUAUGGCAAGUUCUUCAACCGCCCUAACAACAACUCCCCAACGGGACCACAGCAACUAGUCCUCCCUAUUCUACCUCUCAACAAUCACUCCCCACCCAGCAACAUGGCCUCACCUCCUGCAGCCCUCUCAUCACCACCAGGGCCCUUCCACAUGCAUCCAACCAUGGUGUCCCUGGCAAGCUCCAGUCCCCUGCACCAGCUUGCCACUUCUUCAAGUCCCGUUGCCAUGAUGUCCCAUGCAUUGCCCAUCAACACACCGGGUUCUCUCCAGAGCAUAUUCAUGUCACCACCCCCAAGCUCAAUGUCAUCAGUCCUGGCCGUCCCGCAGCCAAUAUCAACACCUAAUGGCUUGAUCAUGGGAGGACCGUCCACGAAGCCUUCGCAUCAGUUCCUGGUGCCUAUCGCCCCUUUGGAUGCUGAAGACUCGACUCCAAGCGCGUCAAACCCGAUGAACAGUCCAUCUGGACUACAGGUGCUGCCGAACUUCCAAUUAGGUCGAUGGAAGAUUCGCCAGUCCUCGAUCAUCUCGCCUCCAAGAAUUUCACCUCCCAAUCCUCACAAGCGUCCUCUGACGUUGGUCGAGGAGGAUCCUGGGGCGCCGUCUGGGUACAAGCGUUACAAGAGAGGCCCCCUGGACUCCUCCAUGCAGGAACGGUUUGAACGCUUUGAGCGUAACAUCCACUGUGGUGACAACAACUGCCAGUUCGCCAUGAACACAACUCACUACCACUGCCGCCACACCGGAUGCAACUACAAGUUUGCAGGCAAGACCAUGAUGUACAAGCACGCCCAGCACCACGAUCGCGUCGACAGCAUCAUCCAAGACGACUUCCAGCGCUUCAAGGCCUCGGUCAGCUGCGACCGCAGCGAUUGCGAGUACACGGCCAAAAACACUCACUUUCACUGUUUGCGUUGCCCGUUCAUUUGCACCGACAGCGGCAAGGUGCCCAUCCAUCGUAAACAACAUGCCAAAACGGAAGCCGUGUCCGCCGCCGGCUUCAAGCAGUUCAGUUCGUCCGAGAAGUGCAUCUCUGGUGAUUGCAAGUAUUCUCAGAAGUACUCCCAUUUCCACUGUCUACGUCAGGGCUGCUUGCAGGCCGUCAUAGGCAUGACACAGAUGGACGCUCAUAGUCGCAAACAUCGGCUCUGAAAAGAACAAAAACGUGAUCUUCACACUUCAUCUGCUAUUUCUUUUCAUUUUAUUCUACCAGUGUAAGAAAGCAAUACUUUGUCGAGGUAACUUAUGUUUCAGAGGAUAAACCAGAAUCGUACUGAACUGACAUUCGUAUCUCAAAAUACUUUGACGUAGAAUGUACUUUGUUGUGUUGGAAGUUUGUCUGUGAAUUUUCUUGUUAUGCAGUGCAGUUUUGAGUUUUUUUUUCAUUCAGGUUAUUAGAGAAAGGAUCCGAGAAAAUCUCUAGUUCCUCACAUAAAUGAGUUUGCUUCUCACCAUACAUGGGGACUACUGUAAAGGAUUUGCAUAGUCCUGUAAUCCCUGUCAGAUCUUUGAUUCUUUGUGUAGAUUUUCUCAUUAAGGCUGGCAAACAAAAAAUUAAGAGUUGAUACGAAAGAUGAAUAAAAGGAGAACGUUGUUUGGCUUCCGACAGAAUAUCUCUUGAAAUACUUAUCUUCCUCGCACCUCUGAUUUGCAAUCUUUUAUUUCACCCUAUAGCAGCUGUUUAUAUCAACAUAUCACAAGAUAUGCUGGUGUACUAAAUGAUGUUAGCAGUUAGAAGUUAACGAUUAGACUGAAUUCUUAUUGUUAACAUAUAUAUAUAUAUAUAUAUAUACAA